AUGGGGCUCCCGACUUCGAACCAAGCCGCUGGCACCCCAGAGAUUGCCUCGGAGGAUCCCGCCCCCCGCCAGGUCGACGACAAGGACCCCGAAAUCGUCGACGAGAAGCCCGACUCCGGCUCCGAUAUCGACCCCAACACCGGUGGUCUCGCCGGUAUCGAGAAGAUUGAGGCGUUGACCCAGACAUGGACCAAGCCAUGGCUUAUUGUGGCCUACGUCUUCAUCUGGCUUGUCUUCUUCACAGACUCCCUCCAGCAACAAAUUGCCAGCUCCCUGCUGCCAUAUGCCGUCAGCAACUUCGGUCUUCACGGGUUGAUGGCGGCAACCGGAAUCAUCUCCAACAUUGUGGCAGGAGUCAGCAAGCUGCCGCUCGCGCGCGUCAUCGACGUGAUCGGUAGAACGCAAGGCCUCUGCAUCAUGUUGGGAUGUGUCGUUAUUUCCCUGGUUCUUAUGGCUACCUGCAACAAUGUCGAAACAUACGCCGCGGGCCAGACUUUCUUCUGGACCGGUAUGAACGGAAUCGGCUACGUGCUCAACAUCUUCAUGGCCGACACCUCGACGCUCAAGAACCGAAUGAUUCUUUUCGGCUUCACCUCGACUCCCUACGUCUCGAACACCUUCGCCGGACCCGCCGCCGCCCAGGCGUUCCUCGACGGCAGCAACUGGAGAUGGGGAUACGGCGCCUUCACCAUCAUCAUCCCGGUCAUUUGUGCGCCCCUCAUUAUCAUCUUCACGCUCCAAUUGAACCGAGCGAAGAAGUUGGGUCUUUACGUGAAGCCUCAGAGCAACCGCACGUUCUGGGAAUCCGCUAAAUACUGGGUUAUCGAGUUCGACGUUGCCGGAAUCCUCAUUCUGGUCGCAGGAUUCUCCCUGCUUCUUCUGCCAUUCAGCAUCGCAGGCUAUCAAGCUCACAAGUGGUCCGAGCCCAGAAUCAUCGUCAUGAUCAUUUUGGGCGGCCUUUUGCUGAUUGCCUUCCCCUUUUACGAGAAGCACCUUGCUCCUAAGACCUUUAUUCCCUGGGAGCUGUUCUCAAACAGAACGGUUCUUGCUGCAUGCCUUCUGGGCGGAAACAUGUGGAUUAGCUUCUAUUGCUACAAGGUCCAAUUUUCGUCUUAUCUGCAGGUUGUUUACGAUCUCAGCGUUUCAAGGGCCGGCUUCAUCACGAACAUCUACAACAUUGUUUCUUGCGCCUGGGCUGUCCCGGUCGGCCUUCUUAUGCGGUACAGCGACCGAUACAAGUGGCUCGGCCUUGCCUCGAUUCCCCUCCAAAUGCUUUCAACUGGUCUGAUGAUCAAAUUCCGCAUGCCCGACACCCCUGUCGGCCUUGUCAUUAUGUGCGAAGUUCUCGGCAGCUUUGCAGGCGGCACCAUUGUCAUGGUUGAGCAGAUUGCCAUCAUGGCGUCUGUUCCCCAUCGUGACGUCGCUGUUGGUCUUGCUCUUCUGGCAAUGGUGACCAGCGUCGGUGGCGCAAUCGGACAGUCUAUUAGCGGCGCCAUUUGGACCAACAUGAUGCCCAGCAAGAUGGAGAAAUACUUGCCGGAGGAACUGAAGAGCCAAGCCCUCGCCAUCUAUGGAGAUCUUACGACUCAGCUGAGUUACCCGGUGGGAACUCCCGAGAGAGACGCCAUCAUUCGUGCCUACGGCGAGACCCAAAAGAUCAUGAUCAUCGCGUCGUUGGUGGCUCUGGUUGGCUCGAUCAUUUGGGUUUCCUUGUUGAAGAACCACCGUCUUAGUGACAAGCAGCAGACCAAGGGUCUGGUAUUCUAG